UCACCGCGGCCAAAACGCACGAGAGACCGGGGCACCCGGCGCGGCCGCCGCCCUGCUGCCUGGACACGCCGCCGCCGCGGCGCACGCCCGCGCCACAUAAAAAAUCCCUCCGUGCCCGGCCGCCGGCCGCGAGCUGUCCCGACUCGACAGGAGCAGCAAAUCUCUGUGGCUCUCCACCGCCUCGAUCCAAUCGAAGCGGGCACGAGUCGGUUCCCCCUCCCCUUCGCAACCCCCGCCCCGCGCGAUGGACUCGGCGUCGGCGGGGCUGAAGCCCUCGGCGCUGGACCUGCUGGCGGCGCUGCUGACGGGGCGGGGCCCCGAGGGGGGCGGGGCGCACUGGGCGUCCCCGCUCGCCGAGAACCGCCACCUGCUCGUGCUGCUCACCACCUCCCUCGCCGUGCUCGUCGGCUGCGGGGUCGCGCUGCUCGUCCGCCGCUCCGCCGCGCCCCGCGCCGGGCUGGCUGCCCAGGCGCAGCCGCGGCCCCUCGCCGCGAAGCCCAGGGACGAGCCGGAUCCCGACGACGGCAGGCAGAGGGUCGUCAUCUUCUUCGGGACGCAGACCGGCACCGCCGAGGGCUUCGCCAAGGCGCUGGCGGAAGAGGCCAAGGCGAGGUACGACAGAGCCGUCUUCAAGGUUGUCGAUCUGGAUGACUACGCCGCCGAGGACGAGGAGUACGAGGAGAAGCUCAAGAAGGAGAACAUUGCGUUGUUCUUCCUGGCAACUUAUGGUGAUGGGGAGCCAACUGACAACGCGGCGAGGUUUUAUAAAUGGCUCUCAGAGGGGAAUGGGAGAGGUGAGUGGUUGAGUAAUCUUCGGUUUGGGGUGUUUGGCCUUGGAAAUAGACAGUACGAGCACUUUAACAAGAUUGGAAAGAUGGUUGAUCAGCUCCUUGCAGAACAAGGUGGCAAACGAAUUGUUCCUGUUGGUCUUGGAGAUGACGAUCAAUGCAUUGAGGAUGACUUUAAUGCAUGGAAGGAACUUCUAUGGCCAGAAUUGGAUAAAUUGCUCCGCCAGGAAGAUGAUUCUUCAGCAGCAGCAACUCCUUACACAGCUGCAAUUCCGGAAUAUAUAGUUGUGUUUGUCAAACCAGAGGAUGCCACAAAUAUCAACAAGUCUUUUAGUCUCAGUAAUGGUCACGCUGUCUAUGACAUUCAACAUCCUUGCAGGGCAAAUGUGGCUGUGCGGCGAGAGCUUCAUACACCAGCUUCUGACAGAUCCUGCAUUCAUUUAGAAUUUGAUAUUUCUGGAACUGGACUCAAAUACGAGACUGGAGACCAUGUUGGUGUCUAUGCUGAAAACUGCAUUGAAAUUGUUGAAGAGGCAGAAAAGCUGCUAGGUUAUUCACCGGAUACUUUAUUCUCAAUUUAUGCUGACCAAGAGGAUGGUACCCCGCUUUGUGGGGGUUCUUUGCCACCUCCUUUCCCAUCCCCCUGCACAGUCAGGACUGCACUUACCAGAUAUGCAGAUCUAUUGAAUUCGCCUAAGAAGAGUGCUUUGCUUGCUUUGGCCACUCAUGCAUCUGAUCCCAAAGAAGCUGAGCGGCUUAGACACCUUGCAUCUCCUGCUGGAAAGAAGGAGUAUUCACAAUGGAUAGUCACGAGCCAAAGAAGUCUAUUAGAAGUUAUGUCGGAGUUUCCGUCAGCAAAGCCUCCACUUGGUGUCUUCUUUGCAGCUAUUUCCCCUCGCCUGCAGCCAAGAUAUUACUCAAUAUCUUCCUCACCCAGAAUGGCACCAACAAGGAUUCAUGUGACGUGUGCACUAGUAUAUGGACCAACCCCUACUGGAAGAAUCCACAAAGGAGUUUGUUCUACUUGGAUGAAGCAUUCAACUCCCUUAGAAGAGAGCCAAGAAUGUAGUUGGGCACCAAUUUUUGUCAGGCAGUCAAACUUCAAACUGCCUGCUGAUCCUAAUGUGCCCAUUGUAAUGAUUGGCCCUGGGACUGGCCUGGCACCUUUUAGGGGGUUCUUACAGGAACGAUUAGCUUUAAAAGAGGCGGGGGUGGAACUAGGCCGUGCUAUCCUCUUCUUUGGGUGCAGAAAUCAGAAGAUGGACUUCAUAUAUGAGGAUGAGCUUAAUAACUUCGUUGAUACUGGUGCCCUUUCUGAGUUGAUUGUAGCCUUUUCUCGCGAGGGUCCUACAAAAGAGUAUGUUCAGCACAAAAUGGCACAGAAGGCUGCCGAGCUUUGGAGCAUCAUUUCUCAGGGUGGUUAUAUUUAUGUCUGUGGUGAUGCAAAGGGCAUGGCUAGAGAUGUGCACCGCACACUACAUACCAUCAUCCAGGAGCAGGGGUCACUGGAUAACUCAAAGACAGAAAGCUACGUGAAGAGCCUACAGACGGAAGGGAGAUACUUGAGAGAUGUCUGGUGACGUGCUGCGCACAGAGAAACGAGCCCGGAGUUGCGAGUUUCCCCACAAAUACAAAAGAAUGUGUUGUGUAGGAAGCUAGUGGUGCGGUGGUGCCAACUAGGAUCCGUUUCAGUAGGAGGUAUACAAGGAUCUGAAAUAUACAGAUUAAUCACCAUUAAUCAUUAAUAUGAAGCAUAGCAGGGUUGUGUAUGUAUAGGAGUGCAGGGAGCUAUGAUUUAUUCAAGGAAUCACUGUUGUGAUUUCUGAUACUAAAUAAAACAGCCAUCAUAUUAUCAUGUUGUCUCGUUUGGCAUCA